AUGAUUCACAAACCGCCACCCAACUCAGCCGCAGCCCCCAACGCGUCGCCGCAAAUCAGCGUGAACGGAACCCAACUGCAAGUGAUGGAGAGCUUCCCGUACCUGGGAUGUACCCUAUCUCGCAACACCAAGAUCGAUGACGAAGUCGCCAACCGAAUCUCGAAAGCCAGUCAAGCCUUCGGACGCCUCCAAAGCACAGUUUGGAAUCGUCAUGGUCUCCAACUGAGCACGAAGCUGAAGAUUUACAAGGCCGUCAUCCUGCCGACACUACUGUAUGGAGCGGAGACAUGGACGGUGUACACAAAGCAGGCACGUCGUCUGAACCACUUCCACCUCAGUUGUCUCCGUCGCAUCCUGAGGCUGAACUGGCAGGAUCGCAUCCCCGACACUGAAGUGCUAGAACGUACGGGAAUGCUCAGCAUCUACGCCAUGCUGAGCCAAAUGCAGCUGCGCUGGAGCGGCCACCUGGUGCGCAUGGAUGACGAGCGACUACCUAAACGACUCUUCUACGGAGACGUCGCGACGGGUUCUCGCCGUCAACGAGGCCAAAUUCGCCGUUACGGGGAUAUCCUGAAGUUCUCCCUGACGUUUCUGCAAAUCAACCCUACCAGCUGGGAAGAGCUCGCACUCGACCGACCGACCUGGAGGAGGACAGUGAAGGCAGGCGCUGCGAUCUACGAAGCCAAUCGCAGCGCUGCCGCCAAAGCGAAAUGCGAAGUCCGCAAAUCCCAACUUCGCUUAGUACGCAACGCCGCGGCACAGUCGCUUCCAACGUGUCCUCGAUGUCAACGGACAUUCCGGACUCGAAUUGGACUUGUUGGACACCUUUGGAUCAACUGCGCCUCUCGAACUGCACCAACCAUCGUCUCCCCGCCCGCCUCUUCCUCCCCUACUCCGCCAACUAACUCUGACAAUUCUUCGGAACCACCACUACCAUAA